UUUUUAAAAAAAAUUUUUAGGUGUGGUUUCAGAACAGACGAACAAAAUGGAGAAAACGUCUGCUGACCAGGCCUCCCGUAGAAGAUCAGAAGCAGCCGAAGCUUUCGACCGAAGCAUUUCACCUUCCUUCCUCCACAACGCUGGUGGUUCCAAUUCCCCAGGUUCUCCUCUAUCAGGAAUUGCUGCAGGCACUUCAAGUCCUUGUUCUCCAGAAAAUUAUGUUACUUCUGGACAAUUCUCCACAACAACCCAAUUUAUUCAACCAAACAAUUUUGCAGCUUUUUCCCUCUUUUCGGCACCUUUUUUUAGAAGUUUUCCAGCACAAACUGAAACACACAACAAUUCUGCACUAGUAGAGGCUUUGUGUAACGGAGGAAGAGGUGGGCAAACUGGGGAGACAAAUGAAUCUGUAAAUUAG